UCAUCUGUUCAUCUAAUCUUUUAUCACCGGAAUUGAUUUACCCACUCCACAAAGACGAAAAUCUACCAAAAAAAUACUAAAAACUCCCGCGUAAAGUAGCAUGAGAACAGUUUUCAUUAAAUGAACCUUCAAAAUUUCAUUUCUCAUUAGUGUCCCCGUUGAUUCAAGUCUGUUAAAACUUUCAAACAUAGUUUCACGAUGUUGGAAAACCAAGAAGACUCUCAAUCUACUCUGCAAUUCGCUCGUUUGAGUAAGAAUGCUCUCACACCGACCAAAGGAUCCGAUAAAGCUGCCGGAUACGACUUGAAAAGUGCUUACGAUUACUGUGUCCCUGCUCGAGGUAAAGAAUUGAUCAAGACUGAUUUGCAAAUCGAGCUGCCAUCCGGAUGCUAUGGACGGAUUGCUCCUCGAUCAGGAUUAGCUUGGAAAAAUUUCAUCGACGUGGGAGCCGGCGUGAUCGACGAAGAUUACAGAGGAAAUGUAGGUGUUCUGUUAUUCAACCAUUCAGAUAGUGAUUUUCUAGUCAAGAAAGGCGAUCGAGUAGCUCAGCUCAUUUGCGAGAGAAUAUUCCAUCCGAAAUUGAAAGAAAUACAAAAUUUGAGUGAAACUGAUCGAGGUGCAGGAGGAUUCGGCUCGACUGGUGUCAAUUAAGAUUGAAACACGAUAUCAUCGCGUUUAUCAAUAAGUUACUGUAUAUUUUUCGAUUUCUUUUCAUUUUUUCAUGUGCCACUGCUUCAAUAAAACUAUUCGUUCAUC